CAAUUGCGGGGAGGCUCGUUCCCCUCGGAAUCUAUGAUUGAUGUGACGGGCGGCUGGGGCACCGCCUCUCCAAAGCGCCGAGUGGACCGAGUUGCUGUCAGUCAGCAGGAACAGAUUUCCCCUUUUCCAUCUGGCCCACUGCUGGCGACAAAUACUCGAAAAUUUCCAGCAGACGAGCCAGUGGCUGUUCUAAGUUCUUCCUCCCGGGAUCAGAAGUAUCGGAGAAGGCACUCUUAUUUACCGACAAAAAAGCCCCUCCCCCGCCUUCCGUUAGCUAAUUAAAGUUUUCGCCAUCACGAGUUGCAUCAGUUUUCUUGAAGACAUUCCAUUAUUGUUCCAUUGACCUUUCCCUGAUUACUGAGUCCUCUGGAGUUGAGUUAUGUCAACAGCUGCCUUAAUCACUUUGGUUAGAAGCGGUGGGAACCAGGUGAGAAGGAGAGUGCUGCUAAGCUCCCGCCUGCUGCAGGACGACAGGCGGGUGACGACCACAUGCCACAGCUCCACUUCAGAGCCCAGGUGUUCUCGAUAUGACUCGGAUGGUAGUGGUCGUCCCGCCACCUGGGAUAAUUUUGGGAUCUGGGAUAACCGCAUUGAUGAGCCAAUUCUGCUGCCGCCCAGCAUUAAGUAUGGCAAGCCCAUACCCAAAAUCAGCUUGGAAAACGUGGGCUGCGCUUCACAGAUUGGCAAACGGAAAGAGAAUGAAGACAGAUUUGACUUUGCUCAGCUGACAGAGGAGGUCCUGUAUUUUGCCGUGUAUGAUGGACAUGGUGGACCUGCAGCUGCUGAUUUCUGCCACACCCACAUGGAGCAAUGCAUCAUGGAUUUGCUUCCUAAAGAGAAGAACUUGGAAACUGUGUUGACCUUGGCUUUUCUAGAAAUAGAUAAAGCCUUUGGGAGGCAUGCCCACCUGUCUGCUGAUGCAACCUUUCUGACAUCUGGGACUACUGCAACAGUAGCCCUGUUGAGAGAUGGUAUUGAACUGGUUGUAGCCAGUGUUGGGGAUAGCCGGGCUAUUCUGUGUAGAAAAGGAAAACCCAUGAAGCUGACCACUGACCAUACUCCAGAAAGAAAAGAUGAAAAAGAAAGGAUCAAGAAAUGUGGUGGUUUUAUAGCUUGGAAUAGUCUGGGACAGCCUCAUGUGAAUGGCAGACUUGCUAUGACAAGGAGUCUUGGAGAUUUGGAUCUGAAAAGAAGUGGUGUGAUAGCAGAACCUGAAACAAAGAGGAUUAAGCUCCAUCAUGCUGAUGACAGCUUCCUAGUCCUCACCACAGAUGGAAUUAACUUCAUGGUGAAUAGUCAGGAGAUUUGUAACUUUGUCAAUCAGUGCCAUGACCCUCGUGAAGCAGCCCACGCAGUGACUGAACAGGCAAUACAGUAUGGAGCUGAAGAUAACAGUACUGCAGUAGUAGUGCCUUUUGGUGCUUGGGGAAAAUACAAGAACUCCGAAAUCAGCUUCUCGUUCAGCAGAAGCUUUGCCUCCAGUGGACGAUGGGCCUGAUGGCUUGCCAGGACUUUGAGUUUCUGUGCAACUGUUUUUCACUAAAUGUAUGAAGAAACUGAUUAGAUCAAAAAAGCCAGCUGUACCAGAGAGAGCCUGUGACUCAUUCGAUCAGUAUACAAACCAGUGGAAACUUAAUAAUCAUUUACGUAGUAGUUUUUCAGAAAUACCCACUAUAUUUAUGUUCAACUGUACAUAGUAUAAAUAUAUGUGUGAUUCAGCUAUUGUGACUCUCUAAGUUAAGUGAACAAAUGAAAAGUGGUUUUGAUAUACUUGCUGAGUGUGAAAUUUCUAAUUUUUAAAACUCUUAGGCAGCUAUGCGUUUCUUUUGAUCACAUUUGUUCUUUAUUCAUUUGAAUAGGUUCUUGUCUUCAAGUUCUUCAAGAGUAGUUAGUGUUUUGACAGCUAUCCAGUAGAUUAUCAGCAAGUGUUUCAAUUUUUAACAACUGUACCAAGGAGUAAGUGUGAGACAGUUCUCUUACUAUAUUUUGUAUUCUGGACUGCUUACUGGGAAAUACAACAAUGUAAAAGAAAUUAAUUCAGAUGAUAUGCCACUGCUAAAUUAUGUACAUAUUUAUAAACAGUGCACUUACAGAUUUUAAUUGUGGCACCAGAUGCACAGUUCAUUCCUGUUUUGUAGCUAAGAAUGCUAUAGAGAUAUGACUAUUCCUUCAUAUCAAAAAAAUGCACAGGCUAAGAUUCCUUUGGUCAAAGCUAUAUAAAGUUAAAUACCAAUGGCAUCGAGUAUCUUGCACAAAGUUUGCAUUUGUUAUCUCUAUGUUUUGUAUAUAGUAUGUUUAUAUCACUUUCUAGAGUAAGCAUGUUAGAUAAUUGUCAGUAAAAAUAAUACCACAUUGACUGAUAUUGCUACAGAUGUAGCUUGAGGUUUAUGUCUUUUUGCUUAUUUCUAAGACUCAUAAGAAGGGAUAAAUCUAAAACAUUAAAACAUUCUAUAUUUCAGCUUGCUAUGUAAUUUGGGAAUAUAAAACUAUACUACCUUAUAUUUGCAUGUAAGUUUGCUGUUAAAAUGUGAAUCUCUAAAUGUGUGUUUGGAAUUAUCUGCAGUUUCUUUCUGCAGACAGUAUAAAUUUGUUAUUAAGUGUGAGUGUAUGUACAUAUGUAUAUUUUGAAGUAAUAGAAAACUAAAGGGAACAAUCCUGCAUAACUCCUUCACCAGUUAGCUUUAAAUUAUUGAUAUGUUUAUACCUAAGAUCUCUUGAUAAACUGAGGGCAGUUUUAUAGUGGAGAACCAAUGGUUAUUGUGGCAGAUGAGGAAAUAGAUUAAAAAUGGCUGUAGGAGAUAUUUUAUGGUGGAUAACUUAUGUGGAAAACCCAGGAACAGAACCAGCAUGUUGAAGCUACACUGUUAUAUGGUAAUUUGCAUAUAAAAUAAUACGAUGUGAGAAAAAUACUGAGUGUUAAGAAUGAGGUGGAGAUUUGUAGAAACAACAGCAAAAGAAAGCAUAAAGAUAAAGUUGGUGUAGUAUAUAAGUUCAACUCUCAGUUUUCAGGGUUGACUUAUUUUCUUGAAGUUUAAAGGCUUGUUAGAAGGAAGAGGGCCCAACAUAUUUACAUCUUCUCACCUUUUUGGGGAUGGAAGAAAAUAAAUAUUGAGUUUUCCAGCCUAUAUUAAUCAGGAAUUGUACUUGGGGAAAAAUGAUAAAGAAAUAUUUCAGGUUUGUUUUUUUUUCCCCAAGGAAAUUUGGUGAAAGAAAGAAAACACUGCAGGAAAGAACAUAGUCUCCUAUUUGUUGUCUGAGAAGUGAGGACCCAAAUGUAGACUAAGAAAGCUUGAAAACUUCCUUGCUUUUUCUGAGUCAGGUCCUGGAACUUAAAUAUAGAAGGUACACUUAGGAGUAUGGAGAAUUUCCAAACUAACAAGUAAACAAAAACUCUAAAGCACAAAAUGACAUUUAAAGAUGUAAGUUUCAUUUUUGUUUUGAAUUCUUCACAUCACUAUUCCCUUUUUACUUUAAAAACUAUGGGUGGAAGUGGUGUUAUCAAGUUGAAAGGUCUAAGAAUCACUGAUGCAUUGGAGUGGUUUGCCAGGUUUGACAAGGGAAUUUGUAGGGUUGUGUAGGUAUGGGUCAGGGGUGGGGCUUUGCUCUACUUCACCUCAAAAGCUUUUAAAACCCAAAACCAGUCAACUGUGACUAAGGCAUAAAACAUUCUGGUGUUUGUGUUUUAAGCUACACUGUUGAAGAAUAAUUUGUAGAUUAUUAUAAUCCAUAAAAGAUAAGCAUACGUGGUUAGGCUUCUAAGUCUAUUACUCGGAAUUAUGCAAAUUGUAGUGGGAAGAAAAGGGCUGUUCUAAAUAUAGUUUUUUAGUUAUAACUGUGAAUUUGCCAUUUGACUAUUACCAUGUGGGUAUAGGUAUGGUGUAAAUGUAAUUAAACUUAAAUCAAUUGUAUUUAUGUUUGCCUUUCAUUUAUAUGUUGUCUAUAAGUCAUCCCCCUAAAAUAUGUUGCCAAACUUUAUUUGCCAAAAUUUUUCUGGCAAAAUUAUCUUGAAAUCAUUGUGAUUUUUCACAACUAUUGUGUUUCCCCGAAAAGAAGACCUAGCCGGACCAUCAGCUCUAAUGCGUCUUUUGGAGCAAAAAUUAAUAUAAGACCCAGUCUUAUAUUACAUUAUAUUAUAUU